UUUGAUCGACAAAUCCGCGGUCACACUGGUUGGGCCUCAAGCGAUUCAAUAAAUUUUUGGAUCCCAAUUUCGGCGCUUAAACGUUUCCAGAAGGCCAAAUAAUGGAGGCUCUGGUCAACUAUAGCAGCGAAGAUGAUCAAGACGAAGCUGGCUAUCAAAUACGGUUGAAAAAUUCCCCUAGGCACCACCACCACAACCAACGAGAUCAGCUGCUUUGGCAGUGGCAGUCACCGCUGCCACCGUUGCUUCUGCAAAAGCCGCUGCAACCGCCGUAAAGCAUCAGCAUAAGGCCAAAAAGAACAACAACGAAGGCAGCAGCAGCAGCAGCAACAACAACAGCAAGAAGCAGCAACGCCA